UGUAGUUGUAUGAAAUCCCUUUCUAUGUUGCACUGGAUGACCAACACAAGGCUGUAGUGAUAUCAAUUCGUGGUACACUAUCAAUGAGGGAUACUUUGACAGACAUGACAGGACAUGGAGAGAGAAUUGACAUACACGUUGAGGGAUUGGAGGAUGGAAGCAUGGCACACAAGGGAAUGUUCCUGACUGCACAGUACAUCAAGGAUCAGCUGAUUAACAAGGGUAUCUUACAAGGUGCAUUUGAUGAGGCUCAGAGAAGGGUAAAUAGUAUUUACUUUAUUGUUAUGGUCAGUAAAGGGGGCUGGAAAUCUUGGGAGGAUGUAAGGAAGGCUGU